AUGUCGGGAAACCCAGGCCAGCCUGGUGCGAGCAGCACCACCCCAGGCGCGGGCGCGUCGGGGUCGUUUUCACAGCAGCAGCAACAGCAGCAACAACAACAACAGCCUGCGACGACAACGUCGACGACGCCCGGCGCUGGCGGUGCCGCUCCUGCCCCUGCUCCUGUGACCCAGACGCCUAUCCCGCCUCCCACGACGGCGACGGCGCCGGCGCCGGCAACCGCGCCCAUGUCGAACCAGAAUCUUAACCAAAUUGUUACGGACUAUCUGUUGAAGCGUGGCUACACGCGCACCGAGACCAUCUUCCGGCAAGAGUCGUCACACUUGGGCCCGGAUGGUAGGCCCAUCCACAACAAGGUGGACGACCUUGGCCCGCGGAAGUAUCUCAAGGCUUUCAACUUGCUGCGCGAGUGGGUUGAGAAUAACCUCGACAUCUACAAGUUCGAGUUGAACAAGCUUCUCUGGCCCGUUUUUGUCUACUCUUGGCUGGAGCUGGUCACGCAGAACUAUUCCGAGGAGGCCAAGAGCCUGCUCAAUAAGCUCAAGCCGUACUUUGAGAAUGUCCACUCGGAUGAUUUGAAGACCUUCUCCACGAUUACUCUUGCCUUGCACGCCAAGGAGAAUCCAACCACCAAGCUCUACAGAGAGAACAAAUAUCGCAUCCCGCUCAACCAGCACAUCACUGGUAAUCUCUUCCACUUCCUCGAGCGCGAGCGGGACAAUGGAGGCUCCGUCAUUCUCUACAUCCUUUCGACCUUCUGCCACUUGGACUCUACCGCCCGCGGGCCAAUUGAGCCUUUCAGCUUCGAGGCCAUCUACCGCCGUAGCCAGAACCUCGAAAUCGACGAAGUCGACCUGCAAGAGGGCAUCCCCGGAGUCUUUACCGGCAUCUCCAACAGAGACCUGCUGGACAAGACGGUGCCUCUCAAGCUAGGCCCCUUGCCCAUGGAAGAGGAUCUCCGCGACGAUGUUAGAGCCGAGCUUCAGGAUGAAGACGCGCUGAACCCGCCGCCUGAAGGCCGAUCCACCCUGGUCGACGAAUUCGAUCGCAAGAUCAAGCGCGAGGAGAGCGCCGACGGCCCAAACAGAUCCGAACUCCCUCUCCCGCCGUCCCGUGCCCGAGACGUAGUCAUGGAGAUGCAAAAGGUGAGAGAAAACCGCGACCGUUUCAAGAUCGAGGGGCGCACCGGCGGCGUCGGCGUCGCCGUCAGCGCGUGCAUGUUCACAUUCCACAACACCCUUGGGAGUGUAUCGUGCAUGGACUUCUCCAAAGACCACGAGAUGGUGGCCAUUGGCACCACGGACUCGUACAUCCGCGUCUGGCACCUCGAGGGCAAGCCCCUGAAGUCGAAGCGACCCGACGAGAAGGACUUCAAGUUCAACAACCGCAAGUUGAUCGGCCACUCGGCCCAGGUCUUUUCGGUCUCCUUCUCCGACUCGAUUGCUAAGCUCGAUCGUGCGCCGUUUGGCGAGGAGGGCAAGGGCGAGAGCCCCAUCGAAACCAGCUCCAAGCUCCUGUUGUCUUGCUCCGCCGACGGUACUGUUCGCAUCUGGUCCUUGGACAUUUGGGCUUGCGUUUGCGUCUACAAGGGCCACGACGGACCCGUCAUGAGAGCCGAGUGGGGGCCUCACGGUCACUACUUCCUGACCGGCGGCUGGGACAAGACGGCUCGCAUCUGGAUGCAAGACCACGCGUCUGCGCAGCGCAUCCUUGUCGGACACGACUCGAGUAUUUCGGCAGUCGCAUGGCACCCUAACGGAACCUACGUCUUCUCGGCCUCGGAUGAGACAGACAAGUCGAUCCGCAUGUGGUCUGUCAUCACGGGCCAGUGCGUGCGAGUCUUCACGGGUCAUACCGACUACAUCUCAGCCAUUGAGUGUGCGCCCAACGGCAGGAUCCUGGCCACCGCCGAUAACAGCGGCAACAUCUUCUUCUGGGACAUCCAGAAGGGCGCACGCAUCAAGCGCUCACGCGGCCACGGCAAGGGCGGUAUCUGGUCUCUGAGCUUCAGCGUCGAGUCCAACGUCCUGGUUUCUGGUGGUCAAGACGGCACGGUCCGUGUCUGGGACGUCGAUCUUCCCGCCGAAGGCCACAAGGUUGUGCAGCAACAACAGGGUACGGCACCCACACAGGAAGGAGGCGACACCAUCGUCGCGGCUACGGGACAGACGGACCGAGCGAGCGCAAGCGGCCAGGGAGCUACUGGCAGCAGCUCCAACGCACCCAGCGGCAGUAAGAAGAAGGGCAAGGAGGUGAUGAUUACUCCCGACCAGAUCAGCGCGUUCCCGACCAAGAAGACACCCGUCAUGAAGGUGCAGUUCACGCGUAUGAACCUGAUUGUGGCUGGUGGCUGCUACGAUCCCGACCGCUAG